AUUCAAUGCCACACUUUGAACUCAAUUUCUCUUUUCUCUCCUCUCUGUCUCGGUCUCUCUCUCUCUCUCUCUCUCUCUCUCUCUCUCUCUCUAUCGCCAAAAUCUCCGCAUCAUUGAAAUUCGGGCCAUAAUAUUGGGUUGCAAAAGCUAAACCCCUUUUUGGGUUCUCGUGAUUUUCGCCAAUUAUCAAAAACCGGGGUACCCGAACAAAUCGAAUCCGAAAGUUCAAUUCUUUGUGCUUCCAAUUUGCAAAUAUCGUCUUUGCAGAGUCUAUCCCUUCAAAUCCUCUUAGAUGGGUGAAAUCGAAGAAAUUGGAACUGACGUUUGUUCAGAUAUAGAUGUUGAUGAUAUUAGAUGUCACAAUAUAGCAGAGAAAGAUGUUAGCGAUGAAGAGAUUGAAGCAGAAGAAUUGGAGAGGCGGAUGUGGAAGGAUCGAAUCAAACUCAAAAGGCUCAAGGAAAAACAGAAGCUUGCUGCACAGCAAGCCGCAGAGAAGCAAAAACCCAGGCAGUCCUCUGAUCAAGCUCGCAGGAAGAAAAUGUCCAGAGCACAAGAUGGGAUUCUUAAGUAUAUGCUAAAGCUUAUGGAAGUCUGCCAAGCUCGUGGAUUUGUGUAUGGUAUCAUUCCUGAUAAGGGAAAGCCAGUUAGUGGUUCCUCUGAUAAUAUUAGAGCUUGGUGGAAAGAGAAAGUAAAGUUUGAUAAGAAUGGCCCUGCAGCCAUAGCCAAGUAUGAAGCCGAGUGUCUAGCUAUGAGUGAGGCUGAUAAUAGCCAAAAUGGGAACUCUCAGAGCAGUCUCCAAGACCUACAAGAUGCAACUCUUGGAUCACUCUUAUCAUCUUUGAUGCAGCAUUGUGAUCCUCCUCAGAGGAAGUAUCCAUUAGAAAAGGGUAUACCCCCACCUUGGUGGCCAACUGGGAAUGAAGAUUGGUGGUCACAGUUGAAUUUACCUCACGGUCAGAGUCCUCCUUAUAAGAAACCACAUGAUUUGAAGAAGAUGUGGAAAGUGGGAGUGCUAACUGCUGUUAUAAAGCACAUGUCACCUAAUAUUGCAAAAAUAAGGAGGCAUGUUCGCCAAUCAAAAUGCUUGCAGGACAAGAUGACAGCAAAGGAAAGUGCAAUUUGGUUGGGAGUAUUAAGUCGAGAAGAAGCUCUCAUUAGGCAGCCUAGUAGUGAUAAUGGUACAUCUGGAAUAACUGAAAUGCCACCUGGUGUUCCUGUUGAGAAUAAGCAAGCUGCUGCUAGUAGUGCUAGCAACUAUGAUGUUGACGGUACUGAUGAUGGCAUUGGUUCUGUUUCUUCUAAAGAUAAUAGGAGAAAUCAGUGUGUGGAUACCGAACCAUCAGAUAACUUGCGCAGGAUUAGGAAUUCUGACAAAGACACAGAUCAAGAUAAGAAGCAACCCAGGAGAAAAAAACCUCGUUUGAGGUCAAGCCCCACUGACAAACUACCAGCACAAUCUGACAAUGAAAUUUUACAUGUUGAGCCAAGAAGCAAAGGGCUCGAUGUGAACCAGACAGAAACACAGGUAGAUGGACUCCAGAUUCAUGGAAACGAACAGCACAAUGAGACAGAUCCUGCUGUGAGACCCCUGGAAAAAGGACUUGAGGUCCCAGCUCAAUUACCAGGAGCCGAGUUUGAUCAUUACUCUUACCUACAUGCAAACAACUUAAUUUCCUCAGAAAGCAUGUAUAUCAGUGGAAGGCCAACGCAAUAUCCUGAGUUGCAAAACCCUGACAUUCAUCAUGAAACUGCUUAUAAUCUUUAUAAUCCAGCGGCACAGUACGGGCCUAAUCAGGAUGGGCAGCAGCUUCAGUCAGGGAACAACGAAAUUAGGCCAGAGAAUGAUGCAAUUUCUAUACCAUCAGUACAUAUGAAAGGGGAUGAAAUUUCUGGAGGAGACUUGCAAUAUUUUGGUAAAGAUACGUUUCAAAAUGAGCUUGAUAGACCUAUUGAUCAGUCUUUCUUUGGAUCACCGCUCAGUAGCAUGUCAUUAGAUUUUGGAGGACUUAACAGUCCAUUCCACUUAGAUGAUUUCUUGGGGGAUGAUGAAAUGAUACAGUACUUUGGAGCAUAAACUAUUGAAACUGUUGACUCAGCAGAGAACGAACUACAAGAUUUCCAGCACCUGUUACUCAUCUGGGUUCAGGAUCCCACAUUGGUAUUACUUUUUAUGGCUUUAUGCAGUUUGAGGUGGAAGAAUAUAAUCUUAACAUUGACCAGUCAUAAGUUUAUAGAACUGGAAGAAACGAAGCAUGAUUUUUGUUCUAUUGAUUACCCCAUUUCCAUAUCAAUAAAUAUGUUUGGGGUUCAUGUAAAUUUAUCAAUUGUUGGACUGUCCGAACUACACAUAUGAAUGCUUAGCUAAAUUUAUUUAGAAAGGUUUUGACAACUUUAUGCAACUAAAAUGGUAAAUUUUUACAUUGAAAGGAAAUAAGUGUAAAUAUUUCUUUUCUCAAUAAAAACUUAUUGCAUUUAGUUGCUUAAAGUUAAAACCUGAUGUUAAUACUUCCCUGUUUGCAAUAGGGUUGCCUCCAAAUCUAAUGAAGUGUUUGUCUUCAUGUUCUCCUCCAAGUCCAAAUUCAACGAGUUAAUUUGUC